UUGGUCACAUAGUAGGGACUAUCUCCUUGCGCCAAAAACCCUGCGCACGCGAUCGAGGGAUCGAGCGGGCGGGAGAGAGCAGACUCAUGGCGUUUAUGGACGAAGAGGAGGCACGGAGAGAGGCGGCCCUAGCUGCUACUCCAGUCCUCCAACCCGAUUUCAAGUCUUCGAAGGUCACUCAGGCUCAACUCGAUAAAUUCAAGGAGCUAAACAAGAGAAGAUUGCAGCUAAAAAAGAAGUCUAAGAAUAUAGGAAAGCUUAAAGGUAAAUCAAGCCAAUUUGAAGAUGACUGCAAAAGAGAGCUUACAAAUAACAUCAUUGAAGCAUCAAGUCCUUCAGCUGCGAAGGGAAA